CAAUAGUAUUCCUGCCAUGGGCAGGAACUAAAAAUUGAAGUAUACACUUUUCAAUCCUUAACUUACACAAAAUUAGAUCCUUCUCAACAAUGUGCUGCUAUGAUUUUGUGGACUUGUAGGACAAUUCAAAGGUUUUGACAGAGUCAUCUAUUGUUCUGUUGCCUAGGACUAAUAUUUUCACACAUCAUCGCAGAGCAAGCUGAGGAAGCGUUACCCAGAUACAAAUAAACAGAGGAGCCGAUGAUGAAAAUGAAGAUCUUCACCAAGGGUAUUUCUAAUUCCUUCCUUACUAGUUAUUUAGUAAAAUCCUAUUCUGAAUUAUGCUUUCCAAGUUCAGAAAUCGACAGAAUUUGCAAAAUUAUAAACGACCAUUCAUUCCCACAUCCCACUAUGGAAUCCACUCUGCGCCAAAAAAAUAUUCAGCUCUCAACACCCUUAAUAGAAAAUGUAUUGGGAAGGCUAUUUACAGGCCAUGCCAAUGGCCUAAAGGUGCUGCAUUUUUUCCACUGGACAAUCCAACAAAGCCCUAGUCUUGAACACACCACUUGGGCAUACGAAAGAAUGCUCCACAUGUUGAUCAGAAUGAGGGCUUUUGAUAAAGCCUGGGAGUUGCUGGAGGAAAUGUAUGUCAAAAAAAAGAUUACCCACAAGGCCCUUAGCAUUGUUUUGUCUGCAUAUGCGCGAAGGAAAUCAUUUGAUGAAACCCUAGAAGCAUUUGAGAGAGUAGGGAAUUUUGUGGGCGAAUUGAACACAGACGCAUUUAAUGUUUUGCUUAAAGCAUUUUGUAGCAACAGAAACAUGAAACAAGCACGGGCUGUGUUUAAUAAAAUGCACCAUAGGUUUGGUGCUAAUAGACAGACAUUUAAUAUUUUGCUGCUAGGGUUUAAAGAGUCCGGCAAUGCAGUUGCAGUUGAGGUAUUUUUUAGAGAAAUGCAGAGAAGAGGGUUUGAUCCUGAUAUAGUUACCUAUAAUAUUGUUGUCGAUGCAUUGUGUAAGAAGAGAAGGAUUGAUGAUGCUUUUGAGCUUGUAGAAGUCAUUAAGAGGAAAGGUUGUAGGCCUAAUAUUUGGACUUAUACAACUUUGAUACAUGGACUUGGGAUUGUAAAGAAUAAGAAUCGGGCAUGUGAAUUAUUUGCUGAAUUGAAAAGUAGCGGCUUUGAGCCUGACACUGCAUUGUAUAAUGCUCUGAUUUGCUGUUUUUGUAAGGCAGGGGAUGUGAAGUGGGGAUUGAGAUCGAUGAAAGAGAUGGAGAAAGAAGGUGUGGGUUGCGACAACGUGACUUAUCAUACUCUUCUGUCCGCACUUACGAACCUUAGGAAAGAGGACGGAGUAUGCGAGCUGUUUGGAAGAAUGGUGGCCAGGGAUCAUGUGCUGACAAGUGCAACUGCAAUCAUGUUGAUGAAAUUUUUUUGUAGCUCUGGUCUCCAUGACAAGGCUUUCCAGUUAUGGGAUUAUGUUCUUAGAAAGGGUUGCUGUCCACAUGGUCAUGUUUCUAAUCUGUUGAUAACCGAGCUUUGUUAUAGGGGGAAAUUAGAGGAGGCGUACAAUUGUUUUGCAGAGAUACUAGGAAAAGGUCUUCAUCCUUACAAACAAUCUUUUGAUAUACUACAAAAGUUUUAUAGAGAAGCGAGAAGAGAAAACCAGCUUUCACAGCUAGAAGAGAAGAUGAGACAGUUACAAAGUUGUCUUCCUGCUUCGGAGGAAUAUGUAUCUGUUCUUUCAGAGAGUGAAAAACAACAUUAUGCUUCUUGGAGAUGCUGAUAUGCUUCAAUUUGAUUGGCACACAAUAUUUCUUCUUCAGGGCCUUGUUAUUUCAAAGACAUAAUGUCAGUGGGCUUUGCACAAUGCCUUGCACAACUAUAGAGCCUAGCUUUCACAUGUCAGAAUGAUAAGUGAAAGGGUUUAGGAGGUUUAAGGAAUCAUAU